AUGCAAUACCAAUCACUCCUCGCUUAUAUAUUUGUCGCCCUUUUUGGUAUGUCAUUUUUAAUGGUCCAAGCCAAUAAAGAACGUGAACAAUUUACUGAUCUAUUGCAAAAACGAAAACAUCUUAAUGGUUAUUGGGUAGGCAAACGAUAUGUAAUUGCAUCUGAUGAAGAUAUAAAUGACAGUGAUGAAGAUUUAUCAGAAACCAAACGAGCAUCUUAUUUAGUGGGCAAACGUGGUACAUAUUUAGUUGGUAAACGAGCCUCGUAUCUUGUUGGACGUAAACGUCGUGAUUUGAUGGCUACAGAUAAUUCUCAACAAUAA